AUGGAAGUCGGUGAUCAGUUUCCUGACAGUGAACAUUUUAAGGAUGCACUUAGAAAUUUUGCUAUCAAACGCAAUUUUAACUUUACAUUCAUCAAGAAUGACAAGCGUAGAGCGACCGCUAGUGCGUCAUCGAAGGUUGUGAAUGGCGUGUCCAUGCGUCCCAUGGAAGGGAAAGAGGUCACCAAGGAUGUUCUCCAUGGGAGUGAGGUGGCGAGCUAUGAUUUAUUGAUGUGGUACGUGAAGAAGGUAUUAGUAACAAACCCUGGUAGUGUUGCUAUAGUAGAGAAUGAUGGUUCCCGUUUCAAACGUGCAUUUUUUACCUUCAAAGCAUGUGUCAUUGGUUUCAAGACCGGAUGUAGGCCAUUGCUGUACCUGGAUGAAACUCACUUGCUCGGUAAGUACGGGGGCACUUUGUUAGGUGCAACGGGAAAAGAUGGGAAUGAUGGUUUCUUUCAUGUGGCAUUUGCAAUCGUAGAUAAUGAAACGGAUGCGAACUGGAUGUGGUUCUUGUCAAAGCUUGGAGAUACUAUAUACGAUGAUGACGAAUAUGUGAAAAUUAUUACAUUUAUAUCUGAUAGGUCCAAGGACCUUAUCAAUGCUAUCGCGAAGGUAUUCCCUUCCUCACCGCAUGCAUAUUGUUUACGCCACUUGGGAGCAGACUUCAUGAAAGCAAAUGUCAGACUUGCCAAGUCAUUGAAAGAACGGUGCUGGUCUAUAUUAUCGAGAAUUGCGUUUUCAUGUGCUGAAAAAGAAUUCGAUGACGCUGUUGCCGAUCUGUUAAACACAUCAGCGGAUGCACAUCAAUGGUUGAUGCAGAAAUCUGAUCUGGCACACUGGGCGAACUACAUGUUCAAAGUGGACUCUUACCGACAAGCAUAUGCAGAAGCCAUAUUUCCAGUACCAGAUAAUGACAAACCAGAUGAUAUCAACUGCGAACUACUUGUGCGCCCUCCAAUCACCAAGAAGCCAGUUGGUCGGCCAAGACGGAAGCGUCUAGAGUCACAACCAUCAAUCGUUCGUGAAUUACGAUGCAGCCAUUGCCAUGAUGCUAGUCAUAACCGUAGAUCCUGUAAUAUAUCGAUAGCUGACUGA